AUGAGAAGAAAAAGUUGUCAUUGCAAUCACUGUGGUAGUCUGACAACAUUACAAUAUCGAAAUAUGAGUGUUCCAUUCAUCAAAAAGGUUUCACGUCUCAGGAAAUAACCAUCCAUGAAUAACAGUCGAUUGUUGACAGCCCAAAAUACAAAAAAACUAUUCAGAAAAUAUUCAGCUUCCAGACAAGACACUGUAGCCUAUCCCUCUUCUUCUUAAUUAUUACUCACUACUCUUCGUAGAGCUUCUGCUAGAAGUACUGAGAAAUUGAUUGAGGAUACCUAAAUCCGUAUCUUUGAACCACCUAAAUCUUGUAGAAGCCAUCUCUUGUCCAAUCCUCAAUCAGAAGAAAUUAAAAGCAUAACACUUCAAAUUCCCAAGUCUCAAAGAAUCAUCAAAACACAACCUCAAGAUAACCAUAACAUUAAACUACUUCAUACAAGAAGCAUGCCAAGGAUCUAUACAAGAAACUUUCUUAAUAAUUACUUAACUAAAUAUAAGAAAAAGAAAACCAUUUUGCAUUUAUAAAAAAAUUGA